AUGCUGUUUUCAGUUGUUUUUCCUUGCGUCCCUGUUCGGGCAGAGGAAGAAGCCGAAGAGGAAAUACCGGAAGAGUCAAAAAAAGCCGAAGAGGAAAUACCGGAAGAGUCAAAAAAGGAAAGAAGACACUCGAGAAAGGAGUGUAAAAAGGCAUGCAGAAAGAAAUGCAAAGAGUGCAAGGGUGAGUCGGUCGAUUUUACAUUCGCCAGCGUUGUCGUACGUUUCGCAAUAUCAAUUUCAUAG